GCAGCAGACAUGCGCAGCACCGCUAGGGAAGCUCGCUGUGGCGGAGGAGGCGGGACUGGCGCUGAUGCCGGCGUAGGAGCUACGAAAGCCGGCGCGACUUCGGAUUUCUGACACCCCUUGCCUCCCUGGUUCUUCUCGGGUCCGCCCUGUGCGUUCCUGCAGCCCGUGAUCCCCGCCCCCAAGCCCCCCAUCCCCUUCCCUGGCUGGCGGCUGCAGGGUACAAUGGAACAUGUAGAAGAUUCUGCCCAGAAUAUAAAGGAAGAAUCACUUCCAGGUGAAGUAGAAAAUAGAAGUGUAGUUCAGCAUGUUACUCAGGAAGAACAAGGACAACUCCUUUUUCAUGAAGAAACUAUUGAUCUUGGUGGAGAUGAAUUUGGGUCUGAAGAGAAUGAAACUGUCUCAGAGGACUCAAAUAACUUCAUAGAUAAGCUUAAUGAGCACAUGAUGGAAAGUGUGAUUAUUUCUGAUUCUCCCAACAACAGCGAAGAUGAUGCAGGUGAACUUGGUUGCUUGCAAGACAUUGUGGAACCUGCAGAAGACAAAAGUGAUCACAGUUUGGAGCAAGUACUAGAUAAAGAAGAGAUCGUAACACUGAGUAAUGAUAGUGAAACUGAUCAUGAUGAUACACCUAAAGACAUUUCUGACAUGACCAGUGACAGCAGAGCAUCUUUGAAAGAAGAGCUGACUCAAGAAGAAACAAAAGAUGAGCCCAUAUUUGGAAAUGAAGGGACAAUUGACUCAGUUCCAAGUGAUGACAAAACUAACCCAGAGGAGCAGAUGUCAGAAAUCUCUUCCAGUCAGUCUUCUAAAGAUGAUCCUAUUCCUGUGUGUACCAUUUUUAGCCAAUCAAAUCAAAUUAAUUCUCAGCCUCAGUUGUUCCUUCAUGAUGGCUUUGAACCCCAGAUGGUGAAAUCUCCUAGUUUUAGCAGUGCAAGUGAAACUUCUUCCAAGACCCCACCACAAGUGGUUCAGCCAAGUCCUAGCCUGAGCAAAUUUUUUGGAGAUACUGUUAAUACUAAUUCCUUGGCUUCUGAUUUUUUUGAUUCGUUUACUACCUCCACUUUUAUUUCUGUCAGUAAUCCUAAUGCAGGCACUUCAGUGCCAGAAAAACUCUCCUCACUUUCUACCCCAGUGGGAGAGAGUUCUCCUGAUUCUGCUGAUCCUUCUUAUUCCAUGGGGAUGGAAAGAUCAGAAUCUGGUGUUUCCACAGCAUCUCUAGAAACUUCUCAGUCUCCAAAGCCAUUCUCACAGAUCCAGGCUGUGUUUGCAGGGAGUGAUGACCCCUUUGCCACAGCUCUGAACAUGAGUGAAAUAGAUCGAAGAAAUGAUGCCUGGCUUCCCAGUGAGGAAACAAGAAAUGUUUUAAUUUCUGUAGCAACUCAACAAUAUAGCACAGUAUUCAUAGACAAGGAGAAUCUCACAAUGCCAGGCUUAAAAUUUGACAAUAUUCAGGGAGAUGCAGUUAAAGAUUUGAUGCUUCGUUUUCUGGGUGAACAAGCUGCAGCAAAGAGACAAGUUUUGAAUGCUAACUCCGUGGAACAGUCUUUUGUUGGAUUGAAACAGCUAAUCAACAGCAAAAAUUGGAGGGCAGCAGUUGACCUGUGUGGACGACUUCUUACAGCCCAUGGCCAAGGCUAUGGCAAAAGUGGGCUGCCUACCAGUCAUACAACAGAUUCUCUGCAGCUCUGGUUUGUGAGGCUGGCCCUGUUGGUGAAGCUGAGCCUUUUCCAGAAUGCUGAAAUGGAAUUUGAGCCUUUUGGAAAUCUGGACCAGCCUGAUCUUUAUUAUGAGUACUACCCUCAUGUGUAUCCUGGACGAAGGGGCUCAAUGGUGCCUUUCUCAAUGAGGAUUUUGCAUGCAGAGCUUCAGCAGUAUCUAGGAAACCCUCAAGAGUCACUUGAUAGACUUCACAACAUGAAAACCAUCUGUAGUAAGAUACUGAGAAAUUUGGAACAAGGCUUAGCUGAAGAUGGGAGCAUGAAUAACAUUACACAAGAAAAUAGGCUUGCCUCUGUUCAGCUGUGGAGGUCACGUCUGGGCCGGGUGAUGUACUCCAUGGCAAACUGUCUGCUAAUGAUGAAGGAUUAUGUACUUGCUGUAGAUACAUAUCAUUCAGUUAUCAGAUACUACCCAGAACAAGAGCCUCAGCUGUUGAGUGGAAUUGGAAGAAUUUUCCUUCAGAUUGGAGACAUAAAAAUGGCUGACAAGUAUUUUCAAGAUGUUGAGAGAGCAGCACAGAAAUUGGAUGGACUUCAGAGUAAAAUAAUGGUUUUAAUGAACAGAGCAUUCCUUCAUCUUGGACAGAAUAACUUUGCAGAGGCUCACAAAUUCUUCACAGAAAUUCUGAGGAUUGAACCAACAAAUGCAGUGGCUAAUAACAAUGCUGCUGUUUGUCUGCUUUAUCUGGGAAAGUUGAAGGAUUCCCUCCGGCAGCUGGAAGGGAUGGUUCAGCAGGAUCCUAAACACUACCUACAUGAGAGUGUUCUUUUCAAUUUGACAACUAUGUAUGAACUGGAGUCAUCCCGAAGUAUGCAGAAGAAGCAGUCUCUGCUUGAGGCUGUAGCUGUCAAAGAGGGUGACAGCUUUAACACUCAGUGUCUCAAGUUAGGAUAGAUCAUUUAAUUUUGCCAGUUCUUUUCCUAAAAGGAUAAUUAAAAAACUGUAUAUACCAAAGCUAAUAUAUAAAUGUUACUCUAACAGAUUUUUUAAAAUCUCUUGUAUUAUUGUAGUUUGGAGAGUAGCUGAGGUGUCUAAAGGGCAUCUGGAGCAACCACCCAGGCUCUCCCAGCCCUGACAGUUUAUUGAGCUUCAGCCAGCUUUCUCCCUGCAGCCCUGCCACUAUUUUUGGAGGAAAAGGAGGUAAACAUACUAUUAGACUGUUAUUCAUAGCUAGAGACAAUUCAGAUUAUGCAGUUGGAGGCCUUUUGUUUACUCACUGAAACUAACCUGCUUCAUUUAUUUAUUUCUGAAUAUCCUAAGAGAGAAGUUGAAAAAUAUAAUACAAACUAAACUCAGUAUAUGCCCAAGUAUUCAAGGGAAUUUAUGAAUAAUGAAAGGAGAUUUCAAACACAGACUGCCAUUUAUCUUCUACAACUGCUAGUCACCUUCUCCUGCAUCUCCCUAAAACUAAAAUGCAUCAGUUUUAUUAAUCAAAUUCUUUUUCAACCUCAUGCUUAAAACCUUGGGCUCUCAGACAUGUUUUUUAAUCCAGGGGGAAGAAUCCAUCAUUAAAUCUCUUCUCUUUUGUACUUUAUAAAGUAGGGGCAGGGGAAUGAAACAUAAAUGAAGUGUGAUUUUUGAAGGUGAAA